AUGCUCCUGAAUGGCACCAUCUCUCUGUCAGUUGAUUUUGACACGCCGGGCGACUUCUUCAUUUUCAUCUUCCACAUCUUGUUCGCCACCACCGCGUUUCCGGUGGCCGGCUCGGUGGUGGUGGGCAUCGCCUUCAGCCGCUCCCUGCGCGUCCAGAACCGCUUCAUCUUCAUGCUCAACACCAGCGUCAGCGACACCCUGACGGGCUUCUCAGUCUACUACCUGGGCCUCUUCGACGUCCAAGAGGGCUACCCGUCCAGGAACGGGACCUUCUACAUCCUUCCGUCCUUCCUGGGUGUCAACGUGCUGACCUUCCUUUUCGCCCAGUUCGACCGCUACCUGGCCGUGUGCCACCCCUUCUUCUACAACCGCUACAUCAGCAGGUCGCUGGUCAUCGGAGUGUGCGCCUUCUGCUGGAUCUACACCUACUCCAUUCUCACCGUCCAGAACAUGGUGCCCAUCUCCAAGGCGGCCCAGAUUAACGCCUUCGGGGUGAUGACUCUGCAGAUCAUAGUGCUCAUCAAGGUGCUAAUGACCAUCAAACUGUACAUUAUCGCCAGGAACCACCUGGCCAGAGAACCCCCUAGCGCCGAGAGGGACAACAAGAAGGAGUCUCUACGCAUCAUCGUCUUCGUGGUCAUCUGCUUCCUGGCCCUGUGGUGCCCCUCCUUUGUCAACAUCAUCGUCAGGCAGCUCACCAGGACUGGGCUCAGGUUCAGGAAUGAGGCCACCAACCUGUUUGCCAUCAUGGCCCGCCUCAACGCGCUGGUCACCCCAGCUCUGUACAUCUGGGGGAGUCCGGCUCUACGAGGGGCCGUGUGGAGGGUCGUGUGGCGGAGGGUGUGCCCCAGACGGAGGGCCAGGUAA